AAUUUUCUCUUAUAACGUUUGUCGUCUGUAAAAACGCUGUGAUAUAAAAUAAUUCAUAAGGACGAAAAACAAUUUGACGCUACAUGUCUUAUAAUUCUGUUUAUUUCGCAUUUUUUCUGCGGGCGAAUGCUUGGUUGUCCAAGUUGCGAUCUGGCGGCUUCGAGAUUCGCUCAGAGUAUCAAAUAUAAAUUGUGUAAUGCAAAAUCGUGUUUCGCGAGAACUUGGAAAAAAAUCAAACCGUUAAUUCAAAGAUCUUGCGUGACGCGUGACGUAGAACGUAGCGUGCAGAAGUGCCGGUAAAAAAAAAAAGCGAAGUGUUAUCUCUCACGGAAGGUUCCACGUUUCACGCGUCGUCGUCUACGCGUCUUAACGGUCGAUUACAAUGCGAUCGAGAAUUAUAAUAUUUCAUAAGUUCAUGUUGUACAGUCAUUCGGUUAUUCUGCGCUCUAACCUCUCUAAAAUUUUCAAGUGCACGAACUUAAGUCGCGGGAUGGCGACGGACGUGAAAUUUCUGUCGGAGACGAGAGCCGAUCUGCGAGAUGUCUUCCGCGCCGCCGUGAAAGCGGUGUUGCCGGGUGAGAUUGUGAGGAGGCGGGUGAAACUGCGAGAUAACGCUCUCCACGUUGACGACAAGAGCUUCCCACUCACGGGAGACGUCUACCUCGUCGGAUUUGGAAAGGCGGUCAUGGGUAUGGCCGUGGAGCUCGAGCGGAUGCUCGGCGACGCUCUCAAGAAGGGUAUCGUCAGCGUGCCGAGCGUGUCGCGGGACGCCGUGUGGGCAGCCGCUGAGGACAUGUCCAGCUUCCCCAGGUUGCAUGACAGUAGAAUAGAGUAUCGCGAGGGUGGUGUCAACAAUCAACCCGACGCGAGAUCGCUGGACACCACACACGAGAUCGUGGACCUGGUGGAAGGACUGACCGAGACCGAUACUCUCGUAGUACUGGUAUCGGGCGGCGGUUCCGCGUUGCUGUACAUGCCGAGGCCGGUCCUGGAUCAGGAGGACAAGCUGGAGCUCUGUAGGAAACUGCAGAACGCGGGCGCCGACAUCACCGAGCUCAACACCGUGAGAAAGAAGCUGUCCCUGGUGAAGGGUGGCGGUUUGGCGCGUAUGGCCUAUCCCGCGUCCGUUAUCACCCUGAUACUAUCCGACAUCGUCGGCGAUCCCGUGGACCUGAUUGCCAGCGGACCCACCGUUUACAGUCAGAGAGCGCCGGAGCAAGUUGUCGCUAUAUUGAAGAAGUAUAAUUUGUAUCAGUUGCUGGAGGGCGACUUAAAGAGAGUCGUUACGUCUAAGGAGACGUUUAACGACAAACCGCUGUUAAAUCGGGCCAAACAGUUCAAACACGUGACAAAUAUAAUUCUAGGGAAUAACAGAACCGCUCUUGAAGCUGCGAGCUUUGAGGCUUUGCGCAAAAAGUGGACUCCAAUAAUAUUAAAACACGAUGUUACAGGAAAUGUACGAGAUGUUAGUUUAGCGUACGCUGACAUGACAAGCCUGAUAUGUCUAGUUUUGUUGAACGAGCUCGAGAGAAAGGAAUUUUAUGACAGAAUACGGACUAUACCGAUACUUUCGCUGUCCAUUGAUAAAAUCAAUGAAAUCUUUCAUUAUCUCACUAAACUCCGUAGUCUCAAUGAGAUACUUUUGAUCGGAGGUGGAGAGCCUACGGUUGUGGUAACGGGUCGAGGAAAAGGCGGUAGAAAUCAGGAAUUGGCUUUACGUUUUUCAUUAGAUUGGCUAGAAAAGAUCAAAAACUAUCCGCGAUUCGCCAAGUACGACGUAAUGAUGCUCAGCGCGGGUACUGACGGUCAGGACGGUCCUACCGAUGCAGCUGGUGCGUUCGGCUAUCCCGAUAUUGCGCCUAUGAUGCACGAUUUUUACACGAAAGUUAAAUCUAUGAUUUCCAAAGAGAACUCGCAGAUCGAACAUGAAAUAACGGUAGAUGGAAAAACUUUGGUAGAUUCGUGCGAACCACAGCAAACAAGUAAACUUAGCACGAAGUCUAAUAUUGAAUCAAAGGAUCGAGACUCCGGUGAUGUAACCGAACGUAUCGAUGAUUUAGUAUUGAAAGUGAUGGAAGCCGAACGCAUGUUACCUGAAAACGUUCUAAAAGAAAACGAUACGUACAAUUUUUAUUCGCGCUUCAAGAAGGGGGUGGAUUUGAUUAAGACAGGAAACACCGGCACCAAUGUCAUGGAUUUACAUUUUAUUUAUAUCAAAAAACGUCCGUGUAAGUGCGAGAUUGAUUCUCCUGACAAACCAAUAUAUGAAGAAAAUAUCUUGGACGUACACGAUUUACAUAUUGACGCGUCGACUAUCGAAAAGUACAAGACUACACGUGCUCCCUUAAAAUCUGACACAGACAGACUUUUACAAAUUUCAUCCUUAAUUACUGAGGCUAAAGAGGAAAAAGAACCGUUUCUUAAUGUAAAAAUCAUUGAUGAAAGUUUUACAGAUUCGUCGUGCAAUAAAAAGCAUAAACUUGAUUGAUUAAAAAGUACACAAAGAAUGUAUCUAUAAAAAAUUACAUAACUACGUUGCAUAAAAUAAAUUAUAUGUUGGCUAAAAUUUUUUAGAGGAAAAUAGAUAUUUUGAUAGAAAUUUUAAAUACUGAAAAUUGUUUUAUAUAUAGUAUUUCAAUUAUAUCCGCGUGUCAAAGGCACUGCUUAAAAAUAAAUUUCUUAAAAUUAUAACAUUUGCUACACAACAUAUUGAUUACGCUUGAAGAUGUGAUAAUAUAUAUUCUCUAUACAGACAUACGUACGUCUACAGAGAUUGUAUAAUAUAUAUUUUUAUAUAUAUGUAUUAUAUUGUUUGUUAACGUUUUUCCCUUGUGCAAAGAAAUAUAAAACUAUUAUUUUGUAAAGAAAUAUAUAGUUACUUAAUAACAUUGAUAUAAUUAGACAUGAUACAACUUUGGUUAUCUAAUACUUUAUGUAAUAUUAAUACUUUUAUGUAAAUGUUCUUAUUUCACAGAUAUUGUAUCUUGUUUUUCUGAAGCUCUUAAUUAUUUUGGUAAAUACAGAAUUACUUUUGAUAGAGUUAUUACU